CUCCUUUGUUAAUUGACCCUUCUUACCUUUUCAGCUCCUAACCCAAAAAAUGCCAGGGCUUUUCACCUACGCAUCAGUGGUUGCUUUGGCAGCCCUGUCCGCGUACGUCUACCCACCAGUUCGCCAUGAACUCACUGUUGUCGGCAUCGGUCGAGCUGUCCCUCAAUCCACCAUCCCUUCUUCUUCCUCUUCUGCAGAUUAUGUUAGGAUAGAGGAUACAUAUCAUUGCGAAGAUUUGCAUCAUUACACUCCUGCGAACUUGUUGUUUGCGGCUUGUGAAGAUCGACCUACGAGGUUUGGCUGGUUUCCUCCGUUGCAUAAUAUCGAACCACCGGUGGAUGGGACGCAGGGGAGUUUCCAUGUUAUAGAUCCUGAGACCAAGAAAUCCAUCCGCCUCUCUUUUGAAAACUUCGACAAAACUUUCGUCACUCACGGUAUCGAUGUCAUCCCGGACCCGAAAGACAAAAAAGCCGUAUACGUAUUCGCCGUCAAUCAUCAACCCAACCCCGAAUUCACCGCUUCUCUCCGCGAACAUAUUCAAAAAUCCAAUUCUAGGAUCGAGAUAUUCAGAUACAAGAUUGGCUCGCCUACUAUCAAGCAUAUCAGAACUGUGGCAGAUGCAAGGAUUGAAACUCCUAAUGAUAUUUUUGCCGUCUCGCCGGAGGAGUUUUAUGUUACUAACGAUCAUGCUUAUAGAGAGGGGUUGAUGAGGGAACUUGAGACGGUGGCACCGGUGGGGUGGUCGACUACAUUGCACAUCACCAUCACCGAUCUCUCCGCUUCCUCGCCCUCCUCUGGCAUCAUCAUUAGUACUGCACUCACCGGUAUAAAGUCAAACAAUGGGUUAGGUCAUGUACACGGCAGCGAUGAAGUCACGGUCAUCAGCGCGGAAAGAGGAAUCCUAUAUCGCACUUUCCCCAACACCAACAAAACCCUCACCGUCGAGGAAACCAUACACAUGGACUCAACUCUAGACAACCCAUCCUACUACACCGACCCCUGGGCCACCCCCUCUUCAAACACCAGCGGCUACGUUCUCGCCGGUCUGGCCCGUGGAAUCGACCUCGCCGGCAACGCAAACAAACCCGAUGCAAAAGAUCCACCUUAUGUAUGGUUGGUCCGGAAAGGAAAAGAUGGAGGCGACUGGGAGAAAAAGAUCAUCUUUGCAGACGAUGGAAGUAAAGUGCGCACGGCGAGUGCUGCGGUGAUUGUGGGUAUUGACCCUAAGAAGGAAGGAGGAAGGAAAAGGGGUUGGUUGUUUGUCACUGGCUUCAUGUCUGAGAAUAUGGUUGCUGUGAAGAUCGAUCUUUGAAGAAGAGAAGAAUAAGAUUUCAGUACAAUUUCGAGGAAGCAAGGACAAUCGGUUUUUUUUUUGUCAAGGAUAGAUCG